AUGCCUUCAGACAUGGCGACUACACAAUCCUCCCCGCUGCCUCAAGGCAUCCUCGACGGUUCUUCCCCCAACAUCACAGUCAGCCACAUCGAUUUCGCAAAAUCGCCUCUACCCGAAUACAAAGACCUGUACGCAGUAGUUCUGGACGGCGUACUCUCACCAGAGGAAUGCAACGCCCUAGUAGCUGCAGCCGAGUCAACAACCAACGGCCAGUGGGAGAGGGCGAUGGUGAACAUUGGCGGCGGUCGACAGAUGAUUGCCACCGACGCCAGGAACUGCGGGCGCAUCAUCUGGGACUCGCGCGAUGUGGUUGGGAGGUUAUGGGCGCGGUGCGAGCCGCACGUUCAAGAACUGCUCAGCUUGCAGCAAUGGCCGAAAGUCACGGGUCUGGGGCCAGCACGGAGGAAGGAGACCUGGAAGAUGACGAGGCUGAACGAGAGAAUGAGAUUCUUGAAGUACACUAGUGGAGAGUACUUCAGACCACAUUGUGACGGCUGCUAUGAGACACCGGACCGUACGGAGAGAUCGUACUUUACACUCCACCUGUACCUCAACGACGCCAAGUCCGAUUCAAACGGCCAUCCGCUACAAGGCGGUGCGACCACCUUCCACUCCCACAACAUGAAGGAGCGACUCGAUGUAGUGCCGAAAGUUGGUCGUGUGCUCAUAUUUCAGCACAACUACCUCUUACAUUCUGGCGACGAUGUGGUGAAGGGGACCAAGUUGACCAUGAGGACGGAUGUCAUGUACGCGAAGGAAAAGGAAGAGAGGGGUACUGAGUGA